CUCAAACAUUAUUUUCGUCUCUUCGUCUGUUAAUGGCCUCAUCUUGGAUAUUUAAAGCAACUUUUAUCAGCGAAUAACGUUAGUUGUAUCUCCUGUGCGAAACGUGAAAACGUGGGUCAACACGGAAGCCGUCACACUUUGCAGCGGAAGUCGGUUGACGCAAUCAGGGAGCGUAGUUCCUGGUUGUGUUUUUUUUUUUUUGCAUUCUUUAGCUUUCAGUCGAUCUUACGAUUUUACUCCGGCAAACCGGUCGCCAUCUGGAGCGUGCUGCCCUGUGUUGGGAGAACAAUUCUUGUGCCAACGGUUUACCCCGGAGAAACCAUUGGUCCGUGUCUGUCAUCAGUUUCCGGCGUGUGUUUGUGGCUCUGGUAACACUGAACAGGAAGACAGACGCAGAGAGACGUCUGCACUGAGAGAGGAAACUGCUGCGGCUUCUUCGUCAGCCUCAGAAUGACUGAGUUCUGGGUUUGUUUCAGCUGCUGCAUUGCAGAGCAGCCACAACCUAAACGGCGGCGACGGAUCGAUCGCUCCAUGAUCGGGGAGCCAACAAACUUUGUUCACACCACACACGUAGGCUCGGGGGACAUGGGCCAUGGAUUGGCAUCAGUGGACCUUGUUCAGGCCCAGAUGAAAUCUAAAGGGGGCUACGUGCAUGGAGGAUCUGAAGGUUCUCAGUUGUAACAAGCCCUUCACAGUCUUGUGGAAACUACUGUUGUUGAUAUGAGGAAGCGUUUUCAAAAAGCAGUUCUGUCUGUAACGGACACAGGACCAAAAGAUGAAACUACUGCUUUUCCAUAAUGUUGUAUAUAUUUUUUAUUUUCCAUUCCUUUGUUUUUUUGUUUGUUUUUUUUUGUUUGUUUUUUUAAUGAAAGCACUGCUAUCCAUUUGCUGCCAUACUGUUGCACUGUAAAGAGUAACUGUUAAGAAUUGAUAAGAGGAUUUAGAAAGCUCAUAAUCGCAGUCAGACGUAUGCUUGUGUGUAUGCAUGAGGAAAAUAUUUUCAAAAAUAUUUGCUGUUGUAGCCCAUUUGGAUGCCUGUAUUUAUUUUCUGAUUUGUAAAUGGACCUCAUGGUGGCUGGGCCACGCUGGAGAUUUGGAACAUUCAGUUUCUUUCUUUAUUAUCAGAGGUUCAUCAAAGGACAGGUAGAGGUAGCAAGGCAAAAAGCGAUAUGUUCAUUGUUUUAUUCUGAGAAAUACUCAUGAUCCUCUGAGUUGCUUUCAGGGUUGAAGAUUGCUGUCUUGUAAUAAACUUGAAUGAGUAGAGUACACUGGAUCAUACAUUGUACACUCACACUUGCUAGGGAAUUUCGCAUUGAUUUCAACUGUUUUUUUUUUUUUUUUUAAUACUCAUUUAGAUUAAACCAUAUAGAAUUUUAAUAAACUAUAAACUUCCUAAUCUGCCUUCUGAAGUCAUGUUUAUUUGUUUUACCGGUGACGUUUGGCAGCUUCAUGCUGCAAAUACUGAGCGUAGUAGUUCCAAGACAAUUCAUAUUUUUCUAUGUCUUUUCUUCUUUUUCAAGGCUUGUGUACCAGCAGUAGACCAAGAAUUAAACUUGGAAGUAACCAAAUCACACUGCAAACAGUGCCACAAAUGUGGGUCAGGGUUGAUACAUGGUUUGUUAUACCGCUGUGCUGCCUUUUCCCUCACACAGUUUGUGUUACACACUGCUCCUUGUCAUGACAUCUCUUGACAUAAAAAUAAUCUUUCUGUCAUUUAUUUGGCUGAUACACUCAUAAUCCUGUCAGAAAGGAGGUCUUAGUAGUUUUGUGUUUCUUUGAAAACUCGAAUGCCGCACCUCCUUAAAGCUGCCAGAUGCUACUACAUCUGGCACUCAAUCUAAUGCGACCCACCUUUUGUAGCAGUGUUUGCGAUUAGGUUGCUUCAGUGUUAAAAUAUGUUUUCAUGUGAUGUUAACAUUAUUUUGUCCAAAACAUUUAAAAUUACAAAAAGUUAUAUUUCCUUUUUCAAGGGUAUAUCAUUUUCUAUAAAGGUUUCCUCUCUUAGGGGAAAGUAAAUAAGUGCAGCUCUUAUUGGCUGAUUACGUUGGUUGUCAGUUGUGUUAGGGAUCAGACUAAAGUUAAGAUUCUCCCUUUUUAUUGACCGGCUGGUACACUUUCGUCCUUCAGUAUUGCCAUUAUUGUUCAUCAUGUACACACUGCUCAUCACUGCUCACAGUCAUUAUAAAUGAAAAGUGUUGACCAAACCCGCCAGGCCUGGAUCUAUUAAUACAUGUGAUUAUUUGUCCUCCAUGUACAUCAACAGAUAACAACAGAAUGUGGUUCUUUUAUUAAGUCAAGCGAAAGUCUGUGUAAAUUGGUGUUAAAUAAGUACUAUUGUCCUACUAUUUAUGAUAAAAGAAUGAUAUAUUUGGUGUUGGUACCAGGCAACAUGAAUGCUGGAUAGAUAUUCUUACAUAUGUUAUAUAUUGUCAUUUACAGCCUUAAAACUGCUGGUAACCACUUCCCCAACAUAGAUUUAAUAUUGUGAUUCAUCAGGCUAAAAUAUUGUCACAUAGAUCAUCUGUCCCUCUUUAAAUGUUUCUGUAGUAAAUCCUGUGUGAAAAGAGAUCCAAAAAUGAGUAGACUAGUUUGUGUUUUCCAGCUCUGUGCUGAACGCUGCGACUGCAGUAUAUUAUCUGACCAGCAGGCUGUGCUAGUGGACUGGUUGAAUGUGACUUUAAACAUUUUUGGGAUUGUUAUGAUGACACUGUAAAUACGUAACAUGAAAGUAAAGGAUCCAUGGUUUAUAUGUAUUCAGGGUCAUAUGUAUAUUUUAGGUUACUUUUCUUUAUAACAUUACUGGGAAGGCAGAGAGUUGGAGCAGUGUUUUUUUGUUGUCUUUCCUCAGGAACUGCCUGAUAUGUAGUUCCCACUUUAAGGGAAGUUCAUCUGUCUUUUUUCUGCAUUUUUCAGAAUAAUGACAAAUAAAUGUUAAAUGUUGAUGUUUGA